UCUAUCGCACGCAAGAUGGAUAGGACCCCCCGUGAGUGGGUGGGUCGUCGUCGUCCGGCGGAAUUCGGCUCGGCUCGUCUUCCCCCUGGAUCUGCCGCCCGGUGGCGCCUCGCCGCCGGUGGUAGGCAUGGCGCGGGCGGAGAAGAAGCGCGCCGCAAGAACGGCCACGGCCACGGCGGCGGUGGAGAGGCCGUCCGGGACGUCCGACCGGAGGCCGCUCUACUUCGCCGCCCUCCUGGUGCUCGCCAACGCCGCGCUCGUCGUGCUCAUCAUCGCCUUCGUCCCGUAUACCAAGAUCGACUGGGACGCCUACAUGUCUCAGGUGGAUGCCUUUCUGGAGGGGGGGAGGGACUAUACCAAGAUCGAGGGAGACACAGGACCAUUGGUCUACCCGGCUGGAUUCCUCUACGUUUACUCCGCCAUUAAGUUCCUUACCGGCGGCCAAGUCUUCCCUGCUCAGAUUUUGUUUGGCGUCCUGUACAUUGUCAACCUGUGCCUCGUUCUUCUGCUUUACGUCAAGACUGAAGUGCUUCCAUGGUGGGCUUUAGGUUUGCUUUGUUUGUCCAAAAGGGUUCACUCCAUUUUUGUGCUCCGCCUUUUCAACGACUGCUUCGCCAUGACAUUGCUCCAUGCUGCUAUGGUUUUGAUUAUUUAUCAUAAGUGGUACCUUGGCCUAAUAGUUUUCAGUGGAGCUGUCUCGGUUAAGAUGAAUGUCCUUCUUUUCGCUCCUUCUUUGCUUCUACUGAUGGUGAAGGUACAAAUUACAACUGCACCAUGGUUUGUCUCUUCAUUACAUCUUUCUAUGCUGCCAACUGUUACCCUUACUAAGUUGUUUGUACAGAGCAUGAGCAUCAAAGGAGUCUUCUUUGCCUUGUUUGGAGCUGCUGUAGUACAGGUAUUGUUGGGUAUGCCAUUCUUGCUGUCACAUCCAGUUGAGUACAUCUCAAGGGCAUUCAAUCUCGGCCGUGUCUUCAUCCAUUUCUGGUCUGUGAACUUUAAAUUCGUCCCAGAGAAGUUGUUUGUAUCCAAAGAGCUUGCUAUUGCGUUGUUGAUUCUUCACCUCACGACCCUUAUGGUAUUUGCACACUACAAGUGGUUAAAGCAUGAAGGAGGCCUAUUCAGUUUGUUGCAUUCCAGAUUUAAACACGCCAAAUCAAUUGUACAGCUUUUUUCCAGCAAACCCAGACCAUCCAUUCUCAGUAAAGAACAUAUUGUAACUGUUAUGUUUGUCGGCAACUUCAUUGGCAUCGUGUGUGCCCGAUCAUUACACUACCAAUUCUAUUCCUGGUACUUCUAUUCAUUGCCUUUUCUGUUGUGGAAAACACAUUUUCCGACACCUUUGAGGAUCAUUAUAUUUCUUGGUGUGGAGCUCUGCUGGAACAUUUACCCUUCUACUGCCUAUUCAUCACUGCUUUUGCUAUUUCUACACAUCUCCGUUUUGUUGGGUAUAUGGUUUUCACCGACUGAGUACCCUUAUAUUGAUAAAAGAACAUGACAAAUAUAUCAAGAAGUCACAGGUCAAUAUGAGGCUUCCCUGUAAAAUUCUUUAAUCUUUUAAGGUAGCAGUAGUUAUAUCCUUUUUGUGUGGAUAGAAACAACGCCAAAGGCUUUUGGAAUGUGUGAGAUGUAUUUCUCCAAUACUCUUGGUAUUAAUUGCCGAAAGAUUUCUAGAGUAGCAUCUAGACAUACAAAAUGCGCACCAUGAUCAUCUGUAUCUUCUAACAUAAAUGAAGAUUAACCACACUUAACUUUUACAGAGUAACUA